CGCACGUCCUCGGUUCUCCAGACCACUUACCCCAUGCUUAUUACCUUAGCUUCACCGUCUAAACCACAGACGCCAAUUCUGCCGGCUCCAGCCCCGCGACAGGCCGCAGCAAGCCGAGCGCCAUUGCCAUCCGUCUAAACCGACGACGACCGAUGAGAAUUACUUUGGGCGCAGGAAUCGCAAUAUCUUGGACCCCGGAUCUCUCGACUCUUUUCUGAUCCUCAUCCUCACCCACAGCAUCAGAAUCACCAUGAAGCGUCAGGCGGUUCGUCACCUAAAGGGAGCGCUGGCGCAUCCCCGAGCUCGAUCAGCAGCACCUCUGAAUCUGGCACGAUGCUAUUCCACACACCCCCCGAACGCAAAGCUCAACCUGCCCAUUGACUACUCGACAACCCCUCUGCUGGCUCACACGUCGGCGAUAGCCAAGCAGAACACGGAGAUCUCCUCCGACGUCCUCCAUGGCGCGACCAAGAAGAUGAACCUGUUCCAGGCCAUCAACGACGCCCUCAACAUCGCCCUGACAGAGGACGAGACGGUUUCCGUGUUUGGCGAGGACGUUGCCUUUGGCGGUGUCUUUCGAUGCACCAUGAAGCUCGCAGAGACGCACGGAGCCGACCGGGUGUUUAACACGCCGCUGACGGAGCAGGGCAUUCUCGGCUUUGCCAUUGGCAUGGCCGUCGAGGGAAUGCGGCCUGUUGCCGAGAUCCAGUUCGCCGACUACGUCUUUCCCGCCUUUGACCAGAUUGUCAACGAAGCGGCAAAGAAGCGCUACUAUGAAGGUGCCAAUGGCCGGAGUGCUGGAGGCAUGACUGUCCGCAUGCCCUGCGGAACCGUCGGCCACGGUGCCCUGUACCACUCUCAGUCCCCCGAGGCCUUGUUCACACACGUUCCCGGAAUGCGAGUCAUCAUGCCUCGAUCGCCUCUGCAAGCCAAGGGAUUGUUGCUGGCGGCCAUCCGAAGCAACGACCCCUGCAUCUUCAUGGAGCCCAAGAUCCUGUACCGAGCCGCCGUAGAGGAGGUUCCCGUGGCACCGUAUGAGCUGCCUCUGUCCAAGGCCGAAGUCAUCAAGGAGGGCAAGAACGUCACAAUUGUUUCAUAUGGUCAGCCGUUGUACAACUGCAUGGCGGCCAUCAAGCAGGCAGAGGAGGAUUUGGGCAUCUCCGUCGAGCUGAUUGACCUGCGCACAAUCUAUCCUUGGGACAAGAAGACUGUUUUUGAAAGCGUUCAGAAGACCGGAAGAGUCCUGGUCGUCCACGAAUCCAUGGUGAACGCGGGUGUUGGUGCAGAGGUGGCUGCCGCCAUUCAAGAGAACGCAGAUACCUUCAACAGACUCGAGGCUCCCGUGUCUCGUGUUGCCGGAUGGAGUAUCCACAACGCUCUGAUAUUCGAAAAGUUUCACGUCCCAGAUGUUGCAAGAAUUUACGACAGUAUUAAAAAGACGGUUCAGUACUAAGAAUGUGGGGAGCGAGUAAUGUGUUUCUUUAUCUUUGAUUUUCUAGAACUUCUUCCUAGCAUAAAUGUGAAUAAUAGAGAAGAAAGCCUUGU